AUGGGCCAGGCUUCUUCUUCCUCUUGUUCCUCUGUUUCACCAUCCUGUUCUGCAACGACCCAUCCUGCAACUGAGGGCGAAUCCACCAACGCAGACCUCACCCUCCUCCUCCCGGACGAGUGCCUCGCCACCAUUUUCUCCAAGCUCGGCUGCGAGGACCGGAACGCCUCUUCCCUUGCCUGCCGCCGGUGGAAAGCCGUCGAAUCGAAAUGCCGACAGCGCCUCAUCCUUCGCGCCCGUUCCGACCUCUCCCCCUUCCUUCCUCACCUCCUCCUUCGUUUCGAGAACGUCUCCAUCCUCGCCCUCAAGUGCUCCCGGAAGCUCAUCUCCCUCGACGACCGGGCUCUCGCCCGUAUAGCUUCCGGCCUCCCGCGCCUUAAGAAACUGAAGCUGAAGGGCUGCGUGGAGAUCACAGACGACGGCCUCCGAUCCUUCUCCCUCUCCUGCUCGCCAUCUCUGAAGAAAUUCUCUUGUGGGUCUUGCGGGUUCGGUGUCCGCGGCCUCAAUUGGAUCGUCUCCAACUGCAAAGGGCUCGAGGAUCUUUCCGUUAAGCGUCUCCGAAAACUCGACCUCCAACCCCAGUCGCACGCCGCCACCAUGGAGGUGGAGAACGGCUUGCAGAGGCUCUGCCUCAAGGAUCUCCACAAUGGGCAGCUCUUCUCGCCGCUCAUCCGGUCUUCCAAGCGCCUUCGGACACUUAUUGUCUGCCGGAGUGCCGGGGACUGGGACCGGAUCUUCGAGGAGACGGCCGACGCCCUCACUGAGCUCACCGAGCUACAGAUCGACAAUGUGCAAUUGGGGGACUGGGGUCUCUCAGCGGUCUCAAAAUGCCGGAGUUUGGAGGUGCUAUUCAUCAGCCGGGCGACUGAUUGCACCGAUGCUGGGAUCUCGGCCGUCGCAAACGGGUGCAGGAAGCUAAGGAAGAUCCAUUUGGAUGGUUGUAAAUUCAAUCGUAUCGGCGACAAUGGCCUGGCCUCAAUCGCUGCCAAGUGCUUGGAUUUGCAGGAAAUUCUGUUAAUGGGGGUUGCUGUGAGUGCUGCCGGGUUGAAUUCAUUGGCAGAGAACUGCCGGAACUUGGAGAGGAUGGCGCUCUGCAAUACUGAUUCCGUCGGGGAUGCGGAGAUGCUAUGUGUUGCAGAGAAAUUUGGGGCUCUGAGAAAGCUGUGCGUGAAGAAUUGCCCCAUCACCGAUUCCGGGAUCGAGGUGAUCGGAUGGGGGUGUCCCAAUCUGAUCAAAUUGAAGGUGAAGAGAUGUCGAUCGGUCACAAAGGCCAGUAUCUGCUGGUUGAAAUUGCAUCGAAGGGGGCUUGUUGUAUCCAUGGAUGCAGGUUCAAUGACCGGAGGUAGGGAGGAAGAAGCUGCGGCACAGGAAGGUGUAGAUGGUGGUGGGCAUGGUAGAAGCAGGAGGGUCACCUCUUCGGCUACUCACUUGGUUUGUGGUAGUAAAGGGACGAUGGUUCUCAGGUCUAAGUUGAGCAGCGCUGCUUCAGUAUUAUUGGUCAAGAGGGGAAGUGGGUCUUCUUCCACCUCUCAUACUGCACAUAGAUGA